CAACAAUCUCUCACUGUCCUCCUUCUGGUUCUACUAAACGUUUCCCACUGACAUAUAAAUAUGUCAAUCGUCAACGGACCAACCCCCGAAUCAGACGAGGCGUUCUUCGACGACGUCGCCUCGCUGAAAAGCCGCGUCAGGGCGCACACCGAUCCUGGCAGAAAACCUCUUGGCAAAGACGACAACGCCGAGGACUCCGAGGAUGGGGGGCGGGCACGCAGGGGGAGGCCGCCGCUUACCAGAGUCCAGUCGUCACGAGACAUCGACAUCGUGGAGCGAACACGGUCUGUGGACGAGAUGAACCGAGCCCUCCCUGAUAUGGAGGCGGCUUACCACACCAUUCUCAGCAGCGUAGGAGAAGACCCGGCCCGGCAGGGGCUGCUGAAAACGCCGAGCAGAGCGGCCAGUGCGCUCAUAUUCUUCACCAAGGGCUACCAGGAGGAUCUCCAAGAGGUAGUGUCUGAUGCAAUAUUUGAUGAGGACACUGAUGAGAUGGUGAUAGUGCGAGAUAUUGAGUUGUUCUCAUUAUGUGAGCAUCAUUUGGUCCCAUUCAUGGGCAAGGUUUCUGUGGGAUAUCUGCCAAACAAAAAGGUGCUUGGACUGAGUAAAAUAGCCAGAAUAGUAGAGAUGUACAGUAGAAGGUUACAAGUUCAGGAGAGACUGACUAAGCAGAUAGCGCUGGCCCUGAGUGAAGCCAUCCAGCCUGCUGGAGUGGCAGUUGUGUGUGAGGCAACACACAUGUGCAUGGUGAUGAGAGGAGUACAGAAACUCAACAGCAAGACUGUCACCAGUUGCAUGAUGGGAGUGUUCCGAGAAGAUCCCAAAACAAGGGAAGAGUUCUUGACAUUGGCAAGGGAAUGAGAAGGAUGGCCAGAAGUUUGCUUGAUAGUUUUAUAACGCUUGGGCCU